GGCAUUCAAACAACAAACGCUCCUGGAAACACUGAAAACCGUGGAAAGGAACUUGUAACCCUGGUUACCAAUGUCCUACCCAAAACAUGAUGUUUACCACCCAAAGAUCGUCUUUUCAACUAGCAGAUAAUGUUGGAAACUUACUUGGUCCUUUAAAUUUCUCAGUUCCUCGCUUGUCCAAACUUCUUGGACUGAGACUGAGAGCGACGUCAGAGACAGCCCCUCACUGUAAACAUGGCGGAGGCUGCGGACGCGCCGCAACACCGGUUUUACUGUCACUGCUGUAAGAGAGGGACGGAGCCCAAAUUCCCGGAUUUGGUUUGUCCCACAUGUGAGUCUGACUUCAUCGAGGAGGUAUCAGAAGACUCCAGCAUCCUGCAGGACAGCACGGCAUCAGUAACAAAUGAAGAGUCAAACUUGCUGUUCCCAGACAUAUGGCAGCUGCUGUUCAUGGAGCGCUCCGCCCUGCUGUCGAACCCGCCCUCCUUCGAGUCUCGCCCAGGGGACUACCAGCAGGUAUCUGCAGAUCAGAGCCCCCCGUCUCCAGUGUCCCCGGUCGUUACAGAGUUGCACGAACAGGAGACGCUUCUUAAUCCUGAGCGGGACGAGUCUUCCAGGCCUGAACAACAUCCUGCUGUGUAUGGGAUCAUGCACCAGAUCUUGGCUAACCUGUUUACCAGCAAUGAAAACGCAUCUUCUACUCCAACCUCACUAUCGAGCAUGCUGCGAUUGUACUCAAACCCGGGAGACUAUGCGUGGGGUCAUGGAGGCCUUGACGCGGUCGUCACAGAGUUAUUAGAGCGGUUGGAGAACACAGGUCCACCCCCGGCUAAAAAGGAGAUGGUCUCAUCACUGCCAAGAGUCUGCAUCUCUCAAGAACAGAUAGACUGCCGGCUAGAAUGUCCUGUUUGUAAGGAGGAAUAUUCACUAGGGGAAUCUGUCAGGAAGCUUCCUUGCCUCCAUUGCUUCCACAGUGACUGUAUAGUACCUUGGUUGGAGCUGCAUGAUACCUGUCCAGUGUGCCGAAAAAGUCUUGAUGGCAUCGACAACAGCCUCCUUCCCACAUCGCAACCCUUAAACGAGUGCUCUGACAGGCAAGAGCAUCAAGAGAGGGAGGCAAUUUGAGCAAAGAGCCAACAACUCAUCAUGUUGGAUCAGCUGCUUUUAAAUAAAACAUAUUACAUGCACCACAGUGCUAACUGUAGCUUCAGCUCUCACGUCAUUCAUGCAUCCCAAUGAAGGACCUUCAUGUUUUCUGCUCUAGAAUAAAUGCUAUUUUAUGCAUCUCCCACAGAGGGAUCCAGCUGUUUUCUUGACAACAUCCUGAGCGUGUGUGCUCUUCUCACUGCACUGCUUGCAGAGGCCGUUUUCUGAAUGACUGACUUUGAUGUGACGAACUAAUAACCACUGCGCUGCUAGUGGCUGUCAAAAUGAUGGGCUCUUACAGAGUUAUGGGAAAAACACUUUUACAAGAUUGUCUUGGUAAGACAGUUUCAGCAUUUUGUUGACCUUUAACCAACCUAAAGCUGCUAUUAAAGCUUAACCCUGUGACCUCCA